AUGACUUCUGAAAAUCAGUCAUCAACUUCUUCAAAGCAAGAUAUAGCUUGGAAGUAUUGCAUUGACAUGGGCAAAGGUAAAGCAAGAUAUGCUUCUGCAUAUGUAGCAGUAGGACGUUUAUUGAUGGCGAAACGUCCACAUUUAUAUUGGACUCCAUGUGCUGCUCAUUGUCUUGAUUUGAUGCUUGAAGACAUAGGAAAGAUUUCGAAAGUUCGUGUCACGUUGAAGAGAGCAAUGACCUUAAACGGGUUUAUAUAUAGCCGUACAGGUGUUGUAAACAUGAUGAGGAAGUUUACCGGGAAAAGAGAGUUGGUGAGACCCGCGAUAAACAGAUUUGCCACCGCUUACAUCACUCUUUGUUCAAUAAAAGUUCAAAAGGCAAACCUUAGAAAGAUGUUUUCUUCUAAUGAAUGGAGGAAGAGUAAAUACUCAAAAGAGCAUGGCGGUAAAAGAGUCGCAUCCAUUGUUUUGAAGCCUACCUUUUGGAGUACAAUUAUGUAUAUCCUUAAGAUGACGGGUCCUCUCGUAAAAGUGCUUAGGUUAGUUGAUGGUGAAAAAAGGCCAGCCAUGGCCUAUGUAUAUGAGGCCAUGGAUAGGGCAAAAGAAGCAAUUGUAAACUCCUUUAAUAAUGUGGAGAACAAGUACAAAGAUGUGUUUGCAAUUAUUGAGAAAAGGUGGGAUUGUCAACUCCAUCAACCAUUACACGCGGUCGGGUGUUAUUUGAAUCCUCAGUUAUUCUACUCAAAUCCCCAAAUUCAAGAGGAUAAAGAGGUGAUGAUCGCCGAGUGGUGGGCUUCUUUUGGCAAUGAUGCACCGGAAUUAAAAAAGUUUGCCAUCAAAGUCCUCAGCCUUACGUGUAGUUUCAAGCUUGAAAGGAAAGGAAAGGAAAAAGCUAGACCACACCUUGUAGAUGAAGAUAAUGAAGUUGUUAUGCUAGAGGAGAGUGACACUAAAGAAGAAGACAUUAGGGAUUGUGAGACGAUGAGGAGGAAGAUGAUGACUACCACUGACGAUGAUGAUGAGGAUUAG